AUGCAGAUCAAAGUAACUCUGCCCAACGACACCAUCAACAGGGACUCUGUCGAUGAUAGAGCUUCCUACCAUGGAAUCCUCGCCGAUGUUCUGAUACCCGGCCGUGGUGAGCCUCUGAAGAACGGGGCGUUGGUGGUGAAAGACUCGGUUAUCGAGUGGGUUGGGCCAAGCGACGAGAUACCCUCAGAAUAUUCCUCAAUCCGUGUCUCGCGUGUACCGGUUCUUAUGCCAGGCAUGUGGGAUGUACACACACAUUACGAGGGUGUCGGCGUCGCACAGGGCAUCAGAGAAAGCAUGAAGCCUUUCUUACCCGGGACAGCCACGCUCAUCGGGGCAGUUAUUGUCGACGACAUGCGCCGAACGCUCAUGGCGGGGUUCACCUCGAUCCGCGAGCUCGGCGGCUAUGCUGGGGACGUUGCACCCGCUAUUGACAUGGGCGCCAUUGUCGGCCCGCACGUGUACGCGGCCAUGAGCCUACUUAGCAUCACAGGUGGCCAUGGAGAUCUUCAUGAUGUGCCCCUCCGGACCGUUUUAGAUGCUUGCGCAAAUGGCUCAUCAUCGUGCUUCCUUUGUGACGGCGUGGACGGCUGUAUCAAUGCUGUGCGGCAGCAGAUUCGACGAGGCGCCAAGGUGAUCAAGGUCUGCUCGACGGGCGGCGUGCUUUCGCUGAAUGACCAGCCCGAGGACACGCAGUUCAGCGCCGAGGAGUUGCGAGCCAUUGUGCAAGAAGCCAAGCGGAGCAGCCGAGUAGUAGCCGCUCAUGCCCACGGAAAGCCCGGUAUCAUGGCGGCUCUGGAUGCGGGAGUGAAGAGCAUCGAACAUGGCUCGUUCCUGGACGAGGAGGUUGCCGCCAAGAUGAAGGAGAAGGAUGCCAUUCUGGUCCCUACACGCCACGUCGUCGAGGGCAUGGCUGCUAAUAAUGACGACCUCGAUCCACGGCAAAGAGCGAAGCUGGAGCGAACCAUGCAGCUGUCGAGAGACAGCAUCAAACUGGCUCACCGGAUGGGGGUCAAGAUUGCCCUAGGGACAGACACUUUCCGCAGCGACAAGAAUCAUGCGGUAGCCCACGGGAAAAACGCCAUGGAACUUCGCUACGCCAUUGAGGCUGGGAUGACUCCUCUUCAGGCCAUUGAGAUGGCAACCGCUACUCCUCCUGAAACCUUGGGUCCUCAGGCUCGAAAGUCGGGCCAGCUCAAGGCUGGCUAUGACGCCGACUUGAUCGCCAUUUCGUCUAACCCGCUUGAAGACAUUGAGAUUUUGAUAGAUCCGGAUAACAUCACCCAUGUGUGGAAGGGAGGCGUGCUGUUCAAGUGCCCUCAAUAA